AUGACGCGCGCCUGCGCAGAUCACAUUUCUCCUGAGCAAGACCAGUGCUGUUCUCAGUUGAGUCUUGCCAUGAGUGCCAAAGACCUGAAUAUUUUGCCAAAUUCUGAAGAUGUUUCAGAUAAAAACAGCGCCUCUCACAUUCCCAAUGACAAUUUUUCUCAACGGCAGAAACACCAGGAUACUACCACAAUCAUGUUACCAGCCGUAGCUCAUCCUCUGCAAAAAGCAGAGUUGGCUCAAAAUGCGAUCAAGGCUAUUAAAGGCAGUGGAGUCAGUGAACUAGAUGCUACAUCAUUGCCUGCUCAGGUUGGAGGGACCAUUGUGCACGUUCUGGGCUGGAAAGAGGGAAUGGCCAUCAUACCUGCAAGCAACCUGAAAUUAUGUGUUGGUGAUAGUGCAUCACUAGAAGUGAUAAGCGAAAGGAAAACCAUCUCUUCCAACCAGAUGACUGCAGAAUCCCUAACAAAAUCAGCUAAUUUCAGAUUAAAAAAAGAUGAAAAAUCAGAUGUGUCAGCUGAUGGAAAGGACAUGUCUGCUGCUUCCGCAGUAGAAGAGAGACUACAAAGAGCACACAUGGAAGCACGGGAUAGUCUGCUCAAUCACAAGUGUGGGACAUCAGCCAAACACAGUUACCCAGAGGUGCUAGGAAAGGAACAAGUGUCUGAAAAUCUUGCUGGCGUUGAGAGUUUUACAGAGGCUCUACUGACCUCUCAUGAUCAUGAAAUGUUGAAGCCCAUGAAGAAAAGGAAGAGGAGGGAAUACAACAGCCUUUCAGAUGAAGACUCUGAUAAUGAACCAAUGGAGGAGAAUUUUGAAACUUCAAAACUUCAAAUUGAUGGCAGAUCCACUAAAGGUACAGCAGAAGCUAAACUUGAGACAUGGACCUGGCCACAGUAUCUAGAAGAGCAGAAAGCUAUUGCUGCCCCAGUCCAACUCUUUCAAGAGACACAGAGGGUUCCCAUUAUUAAAAACAACUUCAGACAGGGCAUGAAGUUAGAAGGCAUUGACCCGCAGCAUCCCUCAAUGUAUUUCGUCUUAACAGUGGCUGAGGUUUGUGGUUUUAGAUUACGUCUUCAUUUUGAUGGGUAUUCGGACUGCCAUGACUUCUGGGUAAAUGCCAGCUGUCCUAAUAUUCAUCCUGCUGGGUGGUGUGAGAGCACAGGUCACAAAUUAUAUACGCCAAAAGGAUGUAAAGAGGAAGAGUUUUCUUGGUUGAACUAUCUUAAAAUCACCCGAUCACAGGCUGCCCCAAAAGAGGUGUUUUCAAGCACAAUUAAAACAGAAACAGAUUGUGGAUUUGAGGUGGGGAUGAAGUUGGAGGCUGUUGACCGCAUGAAUCCCUCUCUCAUCUGCGUUGCCACAGUAACAGAUAAAGUAGGCAACCGUUUUCUGGUUCAUUUUGAUAACUGGGAUGACACUUACGACUACUGGUGUGAUGCUCACAGCCCAUACAUUCAUCCCAUUGGCUGGUGUCAGGAAAGGGGCCUUCCCCUCACGCCUCCACAAGAUUACCCUGACGCUGAUAGAUUCUCCUGGGAGAGAUAUUUGGAAGAGACAGGCUCAACAGCAGUCGCCACUGAAGCAUUUAAAGUGCGUCCUCCUCAUGGCUUCCAGGUGCAGAUGAAGUUGGAGGCAGUGGAUAAGCGAUGUCCGGGGAUCAUCCGUGUAGCUACGGUUCAAGAAGUGGACACUUACAGAAUUAAGAUUCAUUUUGAUGGUUGGAGCCAGUUGUAUGAUGAGUGGAUGGAUUCGGACCAUCCGGACAUCCACCCAGCUGGGUGGUGUGAGAGCACAGGACAUCCCCUCAAAUAUCCACCUUGUGAACCAAUUGCCCAGAAACAUGGUCCCAGAGAGAACCUGGCAGCCCGACAGCCAAACUUCUCCAUGUCCUGUAAAAGCCUUCCUCAACCGCGCAACCCAUCCAAAUACAGCUUUCAUCACAGAAAGUGUCCUACUCCAGGAUGUGAUGGGUCUGGUCAUGUGACUGGGCGUUUUACUGCUCAUCAUUGUUUAUCCGGCUGUCCAUUGGCUGAGAGAAACCAGGGCCGACUCAAGGCAGAUCUCUCUGACACAGAAGGAUCCAAACGUACCUUCCUUGUCUUUGGGCAGAGAGGGAAAAAAUCACGAUACCAUGGCAGGAUUGGCCGUCCUCCUAAAUAUCGUAAAAGUCAGCAAAGAAACUGUCAGAAUAUGACGUCUGAAGGAAUGUACCCCUCUCUCUUUAUGACGGCAUUCGCGGCAAAUGCUGACCGGACGCUUUCGCUCUGCUGGGAGCAGCAUUGUAAGUUACUACCGGGUGUUGCAGGAAUUCAUGCAACUCAAGUAGCUACCUGGACUAUAGAAGAGGUAUUUGGCUUUGUCAAUAAUCUCAUUGGUUGUGAGGAGCAGGCCAACAUUUUUAAAGAUGAAAUGAUCGACGGAGAAGCAUUUCUUCUGCUGACUCAGAAUGAUAUUGUAAAGAUCUUGAAUAUAAAGCUUGGACCCGCUCUGAAAAUUCACAAUGCUAUUUUAAUGUUUAAGAGUACAGAUGAAAGCCUAAAGUGAGCGCUAGUGAUCAUACACAACCUCAUUUUGCUUUACUGAUUCAUUUAAAAUCUAACAUCCAUUACAUGUUUGGUGUAAACUGUCUAAACCCAUGGGAGAGAGAGAGAGAGACCAGCACUCAAGAGCAGGACAAACUUUUAGCCUAGCUGUAUGGAGGUAGAACAACAUACUAUAUAUAUGUAUAUGUGGUAUGUAUGUGCUAGCAUAUUUAGACCUAUUGCGUGUUGGCAAACAGAGAUGACGGAUUUUGUGGGCGGAGUCUAACUGGUGUUAGAAAGUGACUGAUCUGCAGUAGCAGUGUGAAGUGUUUUAGUGUUAAACUGUGAUUGUUAUGGAUCCGGUGUUCUGUUGAAGUCUGUUUCCCUUUACUGUAAUGAGAUACUACUGAGAUGUGUGCAUGUUUGUAAUGUAUAUGUACUGUUUUUAUUGGUUAAUUAUUUAUUUUUAUAGUAUGAAUCGCUAAAGUACAUAUAAGAGCAAUACUAUCAUGUAUUACCAUAAUACCAUUUAUUCAGUAUUUCUUAAGUUUACUGUUUUCUAUUAUAUCUUACUUAUAUUUAUAGCCUACGUGUUUGUUCUAAAACCAUUAUGUUUACAUACAAAUUAAUAUGCAUAGGCCUGUUUAUAUAUUAAUAACACUUUACGUCAUGUGUGUGUGUGUGUGCUAUAUUUAUUAUGUCAACACAAUAAUUUUAGAAGAAACUGUAGGGACAAAAGGGAAGAAGACAUGGGCUAUAAGAUAUAGGAGAAAAAGAAAAUUAUGAAAUAAUAAAUGGUAUUAUAGAAUACAUGAUAUUAUUGCUUUUUUAGUAUAACCCAUUCAAAUCUUUAAUCUUUCUAAAUAAAUUAUAAACGUAACGUGAUGAAAACACAUUGAGGGAACAGACUUUGACAGAACACCGGACAUCUUUUCAUAUUAUUUUCUAUUCUGAUUAUUAAAAAAAUUCCAGAUGAUUUCAUCGCUCCAGUCUGUCCGUUUAAGGGCUUAUUGCAACAAUAUACACCUACGUUUAUCUUAAAAUGGUGUCUUUGACUACAGUAUUUUAUAAAAAUGAAGGCCAUCUUUUUUUGGCAUUCCUAUUCUGACACUCAACAGCACAACAAGACAUUUUCUUGCGAGAUAUCUUGCUCGUUUCACUCGUGUCUAAUUAUUUUCCCCGGUUUUUGCCACCACAUUGCGCGCACAGCUUGCAGUCUACUCGCAAAAGGUCUAUAAAGUAUGUUGUCAACAUAAUAUAAGUGUCUAUGGUUACACUACCAGUCAAAAGUUUUUGAACACGCACUUGUUCUUUAUUUAUACAUUUUUACACAUUAGAAAAUAAUAACAAACUAUGGCACAACACAAAUGUAACUCUGGGAAUUUUAUUGUGACUAAAAGCAUCUAAAAUAAAUUACAACUGUUGUAUUUUAUCAUCUGAAGUGCAGUCACCCUUUUCCUAGAAAUUGCAAAACCGCACUCAUGUCAUUUUAUUAAGAAGCUUCUUGAAGUUUCACUAGGAUGAUUUUUAACAAAUAUUGAAGGAGUUCACAUUUCAUCUGGGCUCUCAUUGGCUGCUUUUCCUUUAAUAUUUAUAUUAAGUCAUCUACUUAAAAAAGAAUAAUAAUAACAAAAUUAUUGUCUAUAACAAAAAUGAAUCUGUCUGGCACAUGUAUAUUUUUUUCUACAAAAGUAUUUUCAAGCAUUUAACCAUACACCUUUAGAUUUUU